AUGGCCCAUUCGCAGGUGCACAGGGACGUCGCAUACGGCUCGGCGCCGCGCCAGACGCUCGAUUUGUACCUUCCGAAUACGGCCAAGGCAGAGGAGAGGGCUCCGCUUUUGGUAUUUGUGCAUGGCGGCGCAUGGCGCACCGGAAACAAGGGCGAAUUCGACGACCUGGCCAGUGCGCUGAGCGGCAGCGGGAUCGCGGUGACCCUCAUCGAGUACCGUCUGUCGGAAAAGAGUGCGCCAGACGUAAAGCAUCCGGACCACGUUUUGGACGUGUUUGCAGGGCUCGCCUACCUUGUGGAGAACGUCGGCAAGCUGCCGUACGAUGCAGACAACGUGACGCUCGUCGGGCACUCGGUUGGCGCAUGGAUGGCGCUGGCAUGUGUCAUGGAGCCUAGCUCGACCGGACAUGCACUACCCAUGCCGACCUUGGCCCCUGUCGCUCAGCAAGCGAUUAAGCGCGUGGUGUUGGUCGACGGAAUCUUUGACCUAAACAAACUAUUGGAAGAAUAUCCCGACUAUGCGGGUUUUGUGGCCGGUGCCAUGCAACCCCACUCUGACGCAGACGACGUGUAUACCGGCGUCUCGAGCGGGGCGUGGUCGUGGCCGAAAGGUACCAAAGCACGGCCGGACCUGUUCCUACUGCAUUCGCCCCAGGACGAGCUGCUGAGCUUUGUGCAGCCCUGCGUCCUGCUGGAACGCCUGGUGGCGCUGCGUGAGCCACAGGAGCCCGUGCACGCCAUCUCCAUCCCCCAGCCUGGCCUAUCGGACGAAGCGCCGGGGUACUGGUACGGCGGCCGUGCCGGUGAUCCUGCGGCGGUGUCUGUCGCGCACAUCUAUCAAGGGUCACUGCACAACAUUCCCCAGCACGUCCAGGUGUAUAUGGACCGACUCGAGGGCAGCGUAUACAGUAAGGUGGGUAACCGUGCAAAUGGCAAACAGUAUUUUGACGUGCAUAAAACGAACGGCUGCAAGAGCUUCGUGUAG